ACUGACGAUAUUCUCGUCAAAAACUAAUAUUACAGAUAUUGAUUUUCUACAUCUAACAAAACAGAGCCCUGUCUUCCUAUUUUUAAUCUUCAGACCCAUCUCUCUCUCUUCUCUCUCUCUCUCUCCCAUUAUCGUCGGAGAUCUAUCAGGGUUAUCAGGCUUUGCUUCGAUGGAAGGUGUUGGAGGUGAGGGUGCCUCUGCUACGGCACCUCUUAAUCAGUGGAGACGUGAUGUUUGGAAGCUCUUCCAGUUUUAUUUGGACAAGUCUACUCCACACGCGGUUUAUAGAUGGGUUGGAACUGCAGUUUUAGCAUUUCUUUAUGCGCUGCGUUGUUAUUAUGUUCAAGGCUUCUACGUUGUUAGUUACGGGCUUGGGAUCUAUCUGCUGAACUUGUUGAUUGGCUUUCUGUCUCCUCUUGUUGAUCCAGAACUGGAACCUUCCAAUGGGCCUAUGUUGCCCACAAAAGGUUCUGAUGAGUUCAAGCCUUUUAUUCGCCGUCUUCCAGAGUUCAAGUUCUGGUAUGCGAUAACAAAAGCAUUUUGUGUGGCAUUUCUCAUGACCUUCUUUUCUAUGUUUGAUGUACCUGUCUUUUGGCCUAUAUUACUAUUUUACUGGCUGGUGCUGUUUCUCCUUACAAUGAAGCGCCAAAUUAUGCACAUGAUUAAGUACAAAUAUGUCCCUUUCAACAUCGGAAAGCAGAAGUACAAGGGGAAGAAGCCUUCAGGGAGCGGCGGAAGCACUUCCAGAGGAGAUUGAAACCACGGUGGUUCAUAGCUUAGGCCUAGUAGAGAUCGAUGCAAAGAUAUAGCCAAGAAGCAAACUGUUAUAGCUUUCUAUCAUAAUGUACAACUGUAUUUAGAUUGUAUUAAAUUUGAAGAAGGAUCCUAUAAACAUGUAUUUCAACUCUUCCAACUUCCAAGCAGUCUUUACAGGAUGAUCUACUGGUUAUAUUCUA